UAACAUGUUUUUGGGUUAUGACCUAUAUGAUUACAAAUUAGUAGGUAAUAAUUAAUGUGCUUAGUAAAUUUUUAAAUUUUGGUAUCGUUUAGAUGUAAGGAAAACGAUAAUAAUUUAAUUUGUAAAUGUUUAAUCAUAUUUAAUUAUUAAUAAUUCUCAUCUGUUGACUUUUUAUUUACACCUCGAUUUUUCUCACUUCUCUGUUCUUUGUACUACCGUAUACUAUAUAGUGUCUACCACAUAACACUGUAUAAUACAUAAGAUUGAGAAAAAAAUGGCAAUUAAAGAUGAUUUCGUAUCAAAUAUAAGAAGAAAUGAAAUCCGUACCCGCAAGAAAGAAAAAAAAACCAAAGAUGCUACUACUCAUACCGCUUCUUCAAAAAAUUCAAUAGAUGAUGAAGAGUUUACAUUAUUAUUAAAAACAAUUGUAAAAAAAUUGAAGAAAAAAAAUAAAAAAGCAAAUAAGAAACAAUUAAAACAUGGAAAUGUGUCUAAUUUUACCAAAGAUGAUGAAGUAAAAUGCAAUGUAUGCAAACAGUUAUUCUCAAAAAACUAUUUUGCUAUUCAUAUGCAAUCUCAUAAUGCUUCUUAUAAAUGUGAUAUUUGUGACAAGAAAUUUUUUUACCUUUCAAUAUUUAAUAGACACAAAGCAACUCACAAACAUGAUAUGGUAGUAUAUGAGUGUAAGUUAUGCGAUAAAACAUUUAGAAACCCUAGUAAUUUAUCCAAACAUGAUACACUUCAUGAACAAGAAAUUAUAAAAUGUUUAUUUUGUUUUAAAACAUUUAAGCAUUUUGAUGAUUUUCUGGACCACAUUAAUAUGUACUCAUUUGACAAACGUUCUAAAAGUUUGACUAAUCACAUAAAAAUACACAGUGAAGACAUACACUGUUUAUCAUGUUGUACAUGUAAAAUGAGUUUUGCAGAGCGUGAUACAAUUAUAAAAUACAUCACCUGAUACAUUUCAUCAAAUAACUAAUAUUAUUUUGCCAAUCAAACAAUAUCUAUA